AUGAGAACUUUGCCUCGCUCGUCUGCGGUGCUUUCCCCGCUGUCAACAACCACUUCCAUUCGAAGCAGGAUCUCGUCUCGUUGCUUUCACUGUUCGUCGAGAUUAUGGGCCAUUGCCCAUCCGGUUACUGCCCAUGGACCUCCCCCUAAAGCUCCGGUUCCUGCGCCUGGAUUUGGUGAGCCAGUGGAGCAACGCAAGAAGCAAGCUGAGUUGAUACAAGAAGGAAAGGAAGCACCGACACAGCCUUCGAAGCCUAGCACGACCAUCAGGAAGCGAUUUUGGAAGGAUGUUCAUGUCAAAGAGACUCCAGAUGGAUACCAGGUGUUACUAGAUACACGACCAAUCCGAACUCCGGCCAAAACUGUCCUGACGAUCCCAUCGACCAAAAGUCAUCUUGCCGAAGCAAUCGCGCUCGAGUGGGAUCUCCUCAUAUCCGCUCAACAGGCUCUGAAACAACAUAUGAUACCGCUCACUUCGCUCACUUCCCGCGCAGACGAUAUUGCUCGAGAAGAUCAGCGUGGCCGGACGGAAAUAAGGCAGGAGAUUUUGAGGACUGUUAUGCGGUAUCUGGAGACAGAUACGCUCCUCUGCUGGGUGCCGGAGAAGAAGUUCCAUGACCCAGAACCCGUGGAAGAAGCGGAAGCAGGAGAGCGCGAAACUCUACGCAAUAAGCAAAUGAGAGUGGCUCAGCAAAUAAUCGGCUUUCUGACUCAGGAACUGUGGCCAGGCAUUGAAAUCAAACCUAUCCUUGACGCAGACAGUAUCAUGCCGGUCUCUCAGCCUCAAGCUACGAUAGAUGUCAUUCGGGAAUGGAUCUUGGAUCUACCCGCUUACGAGUUGGCUGCCCUGGAGAGAGCAGUGAUCGCUAGUAAGAGCUUACUUGUCGCAGUUCGAUUAAUCGUGGAGUGGAGUGAGCAUUUCCGCCAUCUACAGCGACACGGGAGGCCAAGAUUUGGUGUUGAAGAGGCAGCUGAGGCGUCAAGUCUCGAAGUAAGACAUCAGACCGAUAUGUGGGGAGAGGUUGAAGAUUCUCACGAUGUGGACCGAGAGGACCUGAAGAGGCAACUCGGGAGCGUUAUACUUCUAGUCAGUGGAGAGACAAGGUGA